GCUGUGUAAGGUUUUAUAAAAGAGUUAUUAUCUAGCAUGACUAAAAUCCUCCCCCGUCUUUGCAUUCUUACCCUAAUCACUCUCAUACAUUCACUCUCGACUCACGAUAACCGUCACUCUUAACAGCAAUUUCAAACAAACCCAAGAUGGCGCAGUGCAAAUUAAACGACUUGGUCGAUAAAAUGAAAGAUCAUAGCACGCUGAAUGGUUGGGAUGUGCUAGUGUCCUAUGAUCUGAGUACCAUUACGACGACGCUUAACAAACAGGUGUCUCAAGCCGGUCUUCUUGAUCCCUUGAAAUGGACUGAUGGGUCCGAAGAACCUGAUAUCUUUGGGAAAAUCUCCAAGACUGAGAUGUCCUUACAACUUUCGCCGCCCACCUUAUCCGUCCCAAAUAAUAGCGACAAAGUGCGCCUUUCAUUUCCGAUCAAAGACUGCACAUGGCGAAACGAGAAUGAUCCCUCAGGAACUUUAUCUCACUUCCCGGAAGUCUCGAACCUCAUUCUUAUGACCCCUGUCGUUGCGAUUCAAGGAACAUAUGCCAUAGGUCCGAGAGGAAACCGAUUUGCCGACCUUUCGCCGAAUUCAAAGUCUACCGUGGCUGCAAACACAAUCCAGAUACUCAAUCAUGAAGAGUCAAAUCAGUGGUGGGCCUUCUCGUUCGACUUCAAGAAAGUAGAGGCAGAGAUUGAGUCGGUUUCAAUCCUGAAACCAAUGCACCAAAACAUCUGCCAGAAGAUCAAAACCCUCUUCCAAAACAACCAUACUCGUUUCUAUUUGGGUUCAUUGCGGCAGUCAAGGGUGCUGAUUGACAAUACGUCUAACGCUCAUAUGACUCUGUACCCUUCCCGUUUCUGCUUUUCGAUCAGUGGUUCGGCCUUGUGUAUUUGGAUCGGGGUAAUAGGGUCAGGUGAUGAUGGACAGGAACCCUCUGCCCAGAGCCCUCUACAGUUCCGCCCCGAUGGCCAAAAAGUACUGAAUCCAAUACCUGCUGGCUGCAACGCCAGCAUCAUUUUCAGCCGCCAUUUGAUGAUGAAAUUCGUCGAAAACGCACUCUCAUCCUUAAAGAUUUGCGGAAAUCUAGAAGAAACAGAUGCGGCCGGCCUGGUUGUCAAAAUGAAGCUGAUGAAUUCUCACGUCGAAAUUCCGGGGUAUAAUCGCAGGAUACACGCUAAUCGGAGGGAGCACUACGACAGAUGCUCUUUCGACAUGAACAGCUCUCCAGCGCUCUUCAGCAUCGGUUCUGCUGCGGAUGUCUCCGUCUCAUAUAAUAGCGAGGCAGACAUAUAUUGGUGGUAUAAAGACGUCGUCUAUUCUGGUGGAGACACUAACAACAUAUUCGAUGACGGCAAAAUGAAAGCUACAUUUGAGAUCAAAGGCACAGGUCAAUGGAGCUCCUCUGAUGACACUCAAAAGUACCCGAAUCAGGUGGUGCUUCGCCUCUCAUUCGAUCAGGCUUGGUGCAAGAUCAGCAACAAACCGUACGAGUUCAGCCAGUACCCAAAGGUUCCGCCGAAUCCACUCUCGAACGCCGCUCUGGUACUCGACUACGCUCAGAUUACGGACGUUUUGUUCCCUGUAAAGCAUUGCUUCGAUAGCGGUGGGUUCGGACACGGAACCUUUGCUACCCCUCGAGAUUUCAUCUUGACCGGAAAGUUGAGGGAGGGGCAGGAAAUUAUUCCAUUUUCUCUUUCGACUCCGGUGCAAGCAAUUCAACAAGACCAUCAAACCACUACGGACUCAAAAGACCCUAAAGACGUCAAAGCUUUUGUCCACUACCUCCUGUCGGAUCCUAUGCCUCCUAUGUAUGGUGACCUGGUCAAUGCUUUGGCUUCGGACGCUGGUGACUCGACCACUCGAGUGGCAGAAAUAUUCAAGAGCUACGAUUAUCCGCAAUUCACGACUGAGGAUUUCGGAGGUCCUUUGCAUGUUGAUCUAGAGUCGCUGCUUGACCCUCAGAAGCCACCAGGGCCGGGAAAAAAGGUGUUUCCUAAUGAACCAGUUGAGCACCGGUUAUUCGGAGGCCUCUACACUGUAUCGGUUCCACUAGCAGAUGAAGGCGAGAUGAUCGUCGUGCAUCCGGUCACUGGCGAGAUCUUGCAUGAAGGAGAGAAGUCUUUACCGGUGGUUACUCUGGACAGAGAAUCCUCUGAGACACACGUUGAAUGGUCUCGUAGUAAUCGGAAGUUCAAUGUUGUGUUCAAAGCCGCCCUGGAUGCUGCCACCAAUUUCAUCACGCUGUCAUUUAACGGUACGGUGGUAGACUCCCUCGGUGCUACAGCCGUUUUUGCAGGUAAAAUCAGGGUCGGAGACUACUUGCAAUACACUCGACGGAGGCAGAUGGUUGGCGCUACCGCCGAAAAGUCCACGGAUGAAGACGGCCGGUGGAGAGCGGACAAUGAUUGGAAAACACCUACAGGUCAAAUGUUGAGAUCAGACACUGAUUUCAGCACUGACAGUAUCAUUAACACAACAAUCUGUGGGUUGAAUCUGUUUAGCCUCUUAGCUGCCCUUGCGGCGAUCCGGUAUGCCAUGAAACUGGACAAAGUCGAAAAGGGAUCCCAGGAACAUAUGAAAAAAGGCCUCCAAAUGUUCCAAAGUUUCCUCCGCGGGAAAGCAGAUCAAGACACCAAGGAAGCCCUGGCUGCACGCUCUUGGAUGGUAGACAAGAUCACGGAUGAUCUGCAAACUAAAAUCAAGGCCAAUCUUGACGGUGUUCUCCAGAAUGAGACAUAUGAGGCUCUGAUAACCCAAUAUGAUCCUGCUCAAUCUACCUCUCAAUUCGACAACGACGCUGACCUAAAGGGUCGGUGUGAUGCAGUCAAAGCAGCUGCAAACAUGCAAAUUGAGAAUUCUCUCGAGACUCAGCUUAGGCCGUUGAUAGAUACCGUCGUAGAUGUCCGAAGGGAAGAGUAUGAAGGCUCACACUUGCUCGCGGACUCAGCUGGUGACCAGGAGGCUAUGAAUAGAGCUUGGUCGGGUUUCAAACGGGGGAUUCAGUUGCGCUUGACUGAGGCCUUGAAGAUGGAUCUUCAAUCUGGGCCUGCGGUCUUCUUAGAAGCGUCUCUGCAAUAUGCUCUGUUGAAUCGGAGAUCGGUCAGGCAGCAAGGUGAGAUUCAAAACAACGGACUCGCCAUCAGGGAGUGCCAAACCAUUCUGGAUGAGAAGGCGAAGAAGACGUCCGACCUAGAGAUAAAGAAGGAGAAGGAAGGGUUAACUACGGACGAGGAAAUAGAACUAAAAGUUUUGAAAACUGAGACAGAAACAAAGAAUGCGGAAAUGGAGCGACUCAAAAAGAGGAAGGAAGAUAUGACCUACGAAAAGGCAAACCUAGAAAGAAGACAGCAUGAAGCGGACCAAAAAGCAGAAAAAGCAGCAAAGAAAUUGUUUGAGAGGUGACGAGGCAUUGGGGGCGCUCGUCAGCCGGAGCCAUGGUUGCACCAAAAUUGAGCAUCGAGGGUAGGACUAUUUCGGUCAUGUUUGUGCUUUCGACUAAAUGGCUAUCUGAACUUUCCCUUCUUGAGUGUACCUAUUUUCAUGUUAAAAUUCCUGGGCCUGUAUAUAUUGUUACCACGUUUAGUACUUACCUGUUCACGAGAUGCUGCUUAGAUUGGAGAAAAGCUUCCCUUAGUCAACCUGAAGGUUCGUCAAGGCCAAGGGUAAGGAGCUUAUUGAGACGCUCAGACCCUGAACACUCUGACAUAUCAUAAGAGAUGAAACUUGAG